AUGGAAGUGUUCUGUUUUUCUAAUCACUUAACCUAUUUUCUGGCUGCUUCUGCUGUUGCUUUUGGAAUUGGUUUCUUUGCUUUGGCAUCAGCUUUGUGGUUCCUGAUUUGCAAACGGAGAGAAAUACUUCAAAACUCCCAAUUUAAAGCAACUGAUAAGAGAUGCAGCCAAAGACCAUCAGAGGUGGAGAGUAAAGCAGAUUCUCAGUGUGUUUUUAUUUCUCGAAAUUUUCAUACUGGAAUAUUCCAAUUACAGGAGGAGCAAAGAAAAAAGGAAACAGAACAUAUAAAAGAAAGUAAAGAUCACUCUAAAGAUGAAUACUGCCUUACAACAAAAAAGAUCAUUUAUGACCCUACAGAGACUGGCUCAACAACAAAUAGCAGCAAUGCAUCCUUAAGCUUAUCCUCUGAUUCUUAUUACAGCGAAAGUAUAGAAGCAGCCGAGGACUGGUAUUCUGAUGAUUCUCUAGUGAACAGGAGCUCUGCAAUCUCUUUUCUGGAGGAAGCGCUAAUGGAAAAAGGAUUUCCAUACCCGUCAACGAUUCCAUUAGAAGAAGUUACGAAUAUGACACUUUAUGAUGAUAAGAAAUAUGACAGCCUUAAGAAAAUAUUUUCAGGAAGAAACAUGGAGGUUGAAAUAUAAAACCUUCAACAUAAUAUUGAAUGA